AUGUCAUUCCGCUCGCCCUUUGCCAUACCCCGACAUAUAUGGAACAGUGCCGCCCCGUCGGCUGUCCGACCAGUGGCUCGCAGUCUGGUAGGAUGCACUAGUUACCAACGCUCCAGAUUCGCGACUGCAGUGCCCCCAGUAACCCAAGAUGCCACGGGCUCCAAGGGGCCGACCGCAAUGGUCUUCUUGAACAUGGGUGGACCAUCGACAACAGAUGAGGUGGAGGACUUCCUGAGCAGACUAUUUGCCGACGGUGACCUGAUCCCUCUAGGGCGGCUUCAAUCCUACCUCGGCCCCCUCAUCGCCCGCCGGAGAACACCCAAGAUUCAGCAGCAAUACUCAGAUAUUGGUGGAGGCUCGCCCAUUCGCAAGUGGUCGGAAUAUCAGUGCAAGGAGAUGUGCAAGCUGCUGGACAAGAUGUCGCCGGAAACCGCCCCGCACAAACCUUAUGUAGCAUUCCGCUACGCUGCACCAUUGACGGAGACCAUGUAUGAACAAUUAUUUGCUGAUGGAUUCGGGAACGGCAAGGGUGGUCGUGCGGUGGCUUUUACCCAGUACCCGCAAUACUCGUGCUCCACGACCGGCAGCUCCCUCAAUGAGCUGUGGAAGUGGCGUAACCGCUUGGAAGGCAAGCGUGCCAAUGGAGAGGCGGAUCCUGCGGGAACAAUCCAGUGGAGUGUCAUUGACCGGUGGCCCUCCCACCCUGGUCUCAUCGAGGCUUUUGCCCAGAAUAUCGAGGCCCAAUUGAAGACGUACCCGGCCGAGAAGCGCAAUGAAGUUGUGCUGUUGUUUUCGGCCCACAGUUUGCCUAUGAGCGUUGUCAACCGAGGUGAUCCCUACCCGGCUGAGGUGGCUGCGACUGUCCAUGCUGUGAUGCAGCGACUGGGUUUCAGCAACCCUUACCGUCUGUGCUGGCAGUCCAAGGUGGGCCCUAAAGCGUGGCUUGGUGCCCAAACGAGCGACACCGUCCAGGAGUAUGUCAAGCGAGGCCACACAGAUUUGAUUCUGGUGCCCGUUGCUUUCACCAGCGACCACAUCGAGACUCUGUACGAGCUGGACCUGGAGGUCAUGGAAGAAGCCAAUAGCCCAGGGGUGAAGCGGGCGGAGAGCUUGAACGGGAACCCGGUCUUCAUCCAGGCGCUUGCGGAUCUUGCUCUGGAGCACAUGAACAAGGGAGAGCUCUGCUCUCGCCAGCUGACCCUGCGUUGCCAGGGCUGCACCAGUGAGCGGUGCCUGGGCCAGAAGAAGUUCUUUGCAGGAAAGGAGAACGAGGCUCUCGUGCUGUGA